AUGGUGUACUGUGGGAAGCCUUCCAAGGGCUGUGAGAAUUGCCGAGCGAAAAGACUAAAGUGCGACCAAAAGCGGCCUUCAUGCAGUCAAUGUUCCAAUAAGAGACGAGAAUGUCGCGGGUACCGUGACACAAUUGAUCUGGCAUUCCGCAAUGAAAGUCAAAAGGUCGUGACCAAGUAUUGUAAGGGUUUUGCUGCCAGUGAAUCAAGCGAAGACCGACACAAGCUCCAGAACCUUGGCUACCCGUGGCUGCAGUAUGCAGAUACCCUGAAGCCAACACAAAUCCGGCCUUCCAUCAACGAGCCAAUGGAGGAUGUGGCUGUCACAUUUCUCCUCAAGGAUUAUAUUCAAGGCUCCCAUUUCGAAUAUUUGCCCGCCCUUUACACCGUCGGUGACGUAGAAGGUGUUCUUUCAACCGCUCUGAAGGCCGUCGGACUAGCCAGCCUAUCAUUAUAUGCUUCACGACCAGAACUGCGGACUCAAGCUUUGAUGUUCUACAGCAAAGCCAUCACGAAAGUCAACAAUUCUCUGAAGUCUCAAAAUGCUACUCAGCGUGAUGAUGUGCUUGCCUCAAUCAUGUUACUUUCCUUGUAUGAAGCAUUGACUCUUCGCAAGACAAGUGAUACCAAGGCAUGGUCUUCGCAUAUACAUGGAGCCUGGUCGCUGGUUGCUCUGCGUGGACCGCAACAAUUCCAAACCAAGGUUGGCCUUGAACUCUUCAAACACAUAGCUACUGGUGUCAGGCUAUUCUGCAUCCAGAAUUGCAUCAGAAUACCCAUCCAGCUGCGCGAACUGGUUGAGUCCGCUGCAUUGUAUUCACAAACUCCCGAUCCUAUAUUUUCCCAGCCCUCAGCCACCGAGGCUUUCACGGAUCUGCGAACAGAUAUAGCCGAAGGCCUCUUGUCUGAACCUGACGACAUAAUUGCAAGAUGCGAGGUCGUGCUUCGGCUUGUUGAGGACUUCUUCGUCAUUAAUCUGUCUUGCCAGCAAUACGACAGGGUGGCGGUGGGCCCUCCUGAGAUUGCUAGUGCUCAGAAGUUUUGCAUUAAUUUCAGAAAUCAUCAGGUUGCCUAUGCGUGGAAUGCUGCAUGGAUGGCUAAGCUUGCUCUCAACAGCAUGAUUUAUAAGCAAGAGCUUCAAGUCUUAAAAAAAGCGAUGUCGCCGGAGGAAAUGGUUUCUAACGCCAGUAGGACCAUCAGGGCAGUAAAGGCUCAGGAGGAGAUUGCUAAAGCGGCAGAAAAUGUCUGCGCCACUGUUCCACAGUCGUUCCAACUGAAUGUACCGCCAAAACGGUCAGAGAAGCCUCUCGCCGCAGUCUUCAUGGGCUAUUCCCUCAUAUGGCCACUGUUCACGGUGGGUGCGAACCCACUAGUAACAGCCUCAACUAAGGACUAUAUUAUCAACACGUUGAUUUAUAUUGCCAGAGAAUUUAAGCUGCCUCAAGCCCACUGGGCUGAAGAGUUGUUGAGAGAGGGUGCUAGUGACGAGGCUUGGAUGCAUAUGUAUCAUGCCUUCUAG